GGUGGAGGUGUGUUCAGGAUUUGGGCAGUCAGAUUCUGGUUUGGUGAGUUUCAGGAGCAGGCAGUGUGUACACCAUACACAUACUGACAGACAGAGAGAGAGGACACAGAAAGAAAGAUAGAGAGAAUCUUCAGUGACAAGAAAAUUAUGAGCACUUUUUUGGAAAGUUGGGCAACACCCUUACUGAUCAUGAUGAAGACUUGAUCUGAUGACUGCAGGACUAUGGUGCGCUGCCAGCAGGAUAGUUUACUGUUUAUUUCUAGACAGGAAGCGCCUUGACAGUGAACAAGAGGUUGCAAAGAACCUGACGGACAGCGUUGAGGAGGAGAGGAAGAGGAAGAAAAGAUGAAAAAGUGACAAACUGGAUCAUUGCUUUUGAAGGUGGCAGAAGUAACCUCAGCAGCACAGAGACUACACGUCCCAUCAUCCUACAGGCUCCAGAUCUGAUUAGAUGGUUCUGUCAGAAUGACAGCUGAAGACCCAGCUUCUUCCUCAGCCAUGAGCAAUAACGUCGCCCCCUCCAAACCCUCCAAACCCUCUGGUGCCUCCCACCACCCUCUUCAUGGACAGAUCAACGUCCCUGAAGGCGUUGCAGGUGCUCACAAUGAGGCUGCACUGGUGGCCCUGAUGGAGCGAACCGGCUACAGUAUGGUCCAGGAAAAUGGUCAACGUAAAUAUGGCCCUCCUCCUGGCUGGAACGCUCCCUCUCCACCACGAGGGUGUGAAAUCUUUGUGGGGAAGAUCCCACGGGACGUUUAUGAGGAUGAGCUGGUCCCCGUGUUUGAGUCUGUGGGACGCAUCUACGAGAUGCGGCUAAUGAUGGACUUUGAUGGGAAGAACAGAGGGUACGCAUUUGUUAUGUACACAGAAAAGCACGAGGCUAAGAGGGCAGUUCGUGAGCUCAACAACUAUGAAGUACGGCCUGGGCGGCUGCUGGGGGUCUGCUCCUCUGUGGACAACUGCCGGCUUUUCAUUGGUGGCAUUCCCAAGACCAAAAAACGUGAGGAGAUCCUUGAGGAGGUCUCCAAGGUGACGGAAGGGGUGCUAGACGUCAUAGUUUAUGCCAGUGCAGCUGACAAGAUGAAGAAUCGAGGCUUUGCCUUUGUAGAGUAUGAGUCGCACCGUGCAGCUGCCAUGGCUCGCAGGAAGUUGAUGCCUGGACGCAUUCAGCUUUGGGGCCACCAGAUAGCUGUGGACUGGGCUGAACCAGAGAUUGAUGUGGAUGAAGAUGUUAUGGAGACAGUUAAAAUCCUGUAUGUGAGGAAUCUUAUGAUGGAGACCAGUGAGGAGACAAUCAGACAGGUGUUCAGCCAGUGGAAUCCCGGAUGUGUUGAGCGUGUGAAGAAAAUCCGGGAUUAUGCCUUCGUUCAUUUUACCUCCCGGGAUGAUGCCGUUUUGGCCAUGGACCACCUCAAUGGCACAGAGGUGGAAGGAUCCUGCAUCGAGGUUACUCUUGCCAAGCCAGUUGACAAAGAGCAGUACUCCCGCCAGAAGGCCUCCAAGGGGGCCACGGCCACUCCAGAAGCUACUCAGCAGAACUACGUUUACCAGUGUGAUCCCUACACAUUGGCCUAUUACGGUUAUCCCUACAACACCCUCAUUGGACCCAACAGGGACUACUUCGUCAAAGGAUCCCCAAUGAUACAGAACAAUGCAGGUACUGUGCGAGGCCGUGGUCGUGCAGCUGCAGGUAACCGUACCCCUGGACCACGGGGGUCUUACCUGGGGGGUUAUUCUGCUGGUCGUGGCAUCUACAGCCGCUACCAUGAGGGCAAGACCAAGCAGCCUGAAAAGCCCUAUGAGCUGAUGCCCAGUCUGGAGCUCGCUGCCUCCGUCAACCCUGUUGGCAUCAAACCUGGCACAAUGGCAUUGCCGACUCUGAGUGGGCAGUACCCAGUGUUCAGUGCGGCUCCUGCAGCCAAACUGAUGGAGGAGGGGAAGGUGCACACGGUAGAGCAUCUUAUUAACCCUUUGGCCAUUCAGCACCCUGAACACACUACUGCUACUGCUGCUGCUGCCGCCACUGUCCUGCCUGCAGUCUCCACCCCUCCACCAUUUCAGGGCCGUCCAAUCACUCCUGUCUAUGCCAUGGCCCACAAUGUACAGCGUAUCCCUGCGGCUGGCGGUCUGUACGGAGCCGGAUACGUCCCCAUUGCAAACUACGCCGCCAACACAGCAGCGCUGGCCGCUUUGCAGAAGAACGCAGCGGUGGCGGCUGCAGCAUACGGAGGAUACACAGGCUAUGCUGUGCCACAGGCCUUCCCAGCCACAGCCUUCCAGCUUCCCAUCCAUGACGUCUACCAGACGUAUUGAUAGUGGGGGUCAGACGACACAAAACAACACAGUUUCUCUACCUGUGACUGAACCACUGCAACAUGUGUUUAUCCCAUCAUACAGAAACAUCACCUGAACUUGCAAGCAUUAAAGAACCUCCAAAGGAACGCCAUUUGAAGCUUAUGUCUUUCUACGGGCCUCAACACAUCAUGGACCUAAAGCCACUGUGUGACCUUGUGAAGCGGGCUCUGUGCUCUAGCUCUGUGUUUUUACUAGAAACAGUGACGCUGCACACAGAGGAUGGCCCAUUUAAAACAAGCAUAACUCACAGUAAUGACACCAUCUCUAUCUUUUUCUCUUACUGUGUCUCUGACCCCUGCCACCUUGUUGCAAUGGCAACGGAAACACUGAAGGUACACUCGAGUAUUUAUGAAGAGAAGAUAGAUAUUUAAUGUUUUAUUCUUUGUAGUUUUAUCUUUGAAUGGGAUGGUCUUGUUUCUCUCGACCAGACCUCUAUGCCCUGUCUUUAAAAUGUUGUUGAAGUUUAGACAGAAAGAAAGAAAAUAUAAUUGAAAAAGUACAACUGGAACUACUGACAUAAGAGGAAACCACUGAAGAAAAAACUGCUUUUGGAUACUCUAAUGUGUUGUUUUUCAUGAAUAUAUAGUUUUUAGCCAACUCUACACACUGUAGGUGAUGCUGUCCGUCCAUGCUGGUUGAAUGUGUACUCUUCAAACAUGCCUGUUUGGUACUUUGUGGUUCAUUGACUUUUUUGUGUUUUGGUUGUUUCAAAUGAAGGUUUUAAGUGAUUUCUUUUUCAUUUGCUUUUGACUAGUUUGCUUGUUUUUACUCCUUCUUUUACUUUUGGAGGAUUUUUUCUUGAAGCAAACUUGCCAGCUAAGUGAUAUAAUUGUGAAAGAUUCCUUACAAGACAAAGAAAACUGGAGAGCUUUUAUUUUGAAAUGAUGGGCAGCAUGGUUUAUCUACACAACACCAUGUACUCUGAGAUGUUUCCCAUACUGAGAAAAUGUGCUGACAGGGGACUAAGACUGAACAGAUGUUAGUUAAUUUUUCUCAUCAUGUUUAUCUUUAUUGUUUAUUUUUUGUUUCUGAGGUGAACAAAUACGGACAGAAAAAAAGAGACAUUUGGAAAAUGGACUGGAGCCACUUAAAGCGCUCCUUUUUCUGCCAAAAACAGACCUAAAACUCCCUCCUGUGUGCCUGACAACAGUGCCUUACAUUGACAUGUGCUAACCUUUGCUUUAAACUUUGCCAAGGACUUUUUUCUACAUUUGUUUCCCCUAUGAUCCAGAUUGGUGGUAUUACUGUAUUGAGACAAGCAGUAUUCAGUCUCAGCGCUACCUCUGUCCUAUAGUCUCCUGCAGUAACGCUCUCUACGUCCGCCUCCUCUUUAUUUCUCGUCCUCCAAACUGUGCUUGACCAAGGUGCACUUAAAUGUAUUUAUAAAAGGCAAGAGUUUGCAACUUUCAGAUGAAGAGAUUUGAAAUACUGAGUUUGAAUUUGUGUGUUUCACUGUCAAUAUGUGUGCGCUUUUUCUUUGUGGAUAAGGCAUCAAAGUUAAAAAAUAACCCUGAUGAAUGUUUAGGAGGCACUUUUUUAACUCUGCAGUGUGUUGGAAACAGGUGUAAUGUUUGACUGGGAAUAACUGGAGCAAUACCUCAAGCUGGAAUAAACAAGUAGCCAUGCAACACACAAGUAUAGUGGUUGCAGCAACAGCCAUCUUUAUACAAGACCAGGCAGAAUAUCUGUACCGCUGGCUCGUAGUUUUAAACUUUUUCAAUCAUUCGGUCAUUCUUGUGCUCUAAAGAAGAACUUAUUUGCUCAUUUCCCGCCAUCUUCUCUUAGAUUUUACCAGCAAAACAACACGGUGACUUCUAUAUGUACAGCAUGGAUUUUGUUCUGAGAUAACAGGUAUGGUGGUGGCUUUUUUUCAGACCAAGAAACUAAAAGAAAAGAUCAACUUUUCCCAUAAAAAAAGAAAAGUUGGCCUAAGUCUCAUAUCACUCCGUCUUCUCCAUCAGCUGCUUCUCUCCGUUUUGAAACUGGAGCUAGAAAACAAACUGCUGAUGACUGCUUUUAUUAUUUUCUCAAAUGACAAUAAGGAUAUAUUUAAUAUAUGCAUUACAUGUGUUGUCUAUGAAGUGAGAAGAAGAGGUAUAAUAUAUUCUUAAAUAUAAGACUUCUGUAUUUACACCUUGUUUAGGGAUAAAGUCAGAGUAACAAAAGUAGAAAACAGUUUUUUUUCUUUUGCCAAAGUGUCCAAUAGUUUUUAAAAAAGUCAAGGGUAUUGUGUUUUUGUUGUAUGUAAUAUUCUUUUUGCUGUUUUUGAACUGGAUUUGGUGUUCUGAGUGGGAUUGCAAUGGCUUUUUUAAAAUCAGUUUAAACAGAAAGAUCCAAACUGGCCCUUGAGCUGUUAGCAUUUCAACAUUGCAUGUCAGUUUUUUAAACUAUCGCAGUAGACAGCCAUCAAGUCUUGUACCACCUUCCACUCAAAACACCUGCUUGACUUUCUCUUGCCUGCAUUUCAGCCACACUAUGGACAUUUGUGACAGUAGUGUGGUGCUUUAUGUCUAGUUUAACAUAGGUUUUAACCAUUUAAACUCUUCCUAGUGUGUGCCUUAUUGCCAAGAUGUGCCCUUUGCUAUGCCUUUGUAGACCGAUGCAGACUGUUUUCUAUCUGAAGGUUUAUAAAAAAAAAAGCUUGUUCUGUAUUGUUAUAUUUAUAGCGAUAAAGUAGAUAAAUAAAGCAUUUUUA